CAUGACCUUGCUGUGAGCCCAGUCCAUCGUAAAAACUGUGUCGUUUUGAUAUUCCAUCUCAUUCCGCUGGGUCAAACUCGCGCUUCCGAUUCGUCCGGUGCACGCUGUUCUCUCAACAAUUCCAACCUAGCCCAACUCCCACAACCCCUCUCUCCCACACGCGCCACGGUGGCUUUUCUGCCACCACCGCCACCGCCACCGCCGGCGAAUACUAAUCAAUGGAUAAUUCGGAUAUCAACAGAGAUGGUCACUACAAUCGAACAUACUCCUCCUUCUCCUGCUCCUCUCAGAGGGAUGUCCGUUACAGCUGUGGCAACUGUGGUUAUGAGCUGAACCUAUCCUCCUCAAACCGAAACUUCUCAUCCAUAGGAUCUAAAUAUGGGAAGUCCAUAAGGCGAGGUAUUAUAUCAUUCUUCAAUAUUGAUGAUAGCAGAUUUACCCGGGUUGAUGAACUUCAGUGUGUGCCCCAUUUUAGUAAGCACUCAUGGGGCUUGUUCCGCCGAAGAACUAAGCUGCUUUGUCGCAAGUGCGGCAACCACAUUGGAAAUGCACACAAUGGUUACACUUCAUCCUUCCCUCUUGUGUCAGACGGAGCAGAAUCAUCUCCUGCCUCUGAAGCGGCCAGUCAUAUUAAAUAUGACAUUCGCCUUCGUGCCUUACAACCUUCAUCUUCUGAAGAAUCUCGAAUCCCUGUGUUUACUUGAGAAUACCUGGUAAAAAUUGUUCUAACCCUUCCUACAUAGUAAUCACCUGCAUCCUUGAGGCUAGAAGUUUAUUAAUAAAUGCAGAGUUCCGGUUUGGUAAGUUAUCUGUUUUUUACCUCAUCCAAAUGUAAAUAGAGCCAGUUUGGAUGCGGACUAAAUAACACUUAUUGGAGCUUAUUCAUUGCUCUUUUUUGGGUAGAUAUGCUCUAAUAAGUGCUCUUUAUUCCGUAUCCAAACAAGUCAUAAUAGCUGAAUGUAAUGGUUUUAAGAAUUAAUUUAAAAUCUGCUUAAGGUGUGACAUUCUGUGAGCUAUUUUGAAUUGGCAGAUUCCAAGGUUUUAUAUAUUUUGGGAAGAAAAGUAGAAAUUAAAAGGAAAGGGGAAAAAUGUUAUUUCGAUAUAAAUUGUUUGAAUAGUGUGCUUCGAAGAUGCUCUUUAACAUCGACUUACAUUUUAUAAUGUCUUUUACAAAUAACUUGUUUGCGAUAUUGUCUUAAUUGAAAAGAAAUGUUGAAAGUUAUAAAUUUUAAUUAGAAAUCAAACACAUGAAACAGGUGUUUAGAUUGGAUCAAAGAAAAUAAAGGUCUUCCAUGUGAAAUGAAAAUAUUUUAAUUUUUAUCAAAUCAACUAGUACUUUUACCCGUGCGAUGCACGGGGGAUAUUCAUUUUUGUGUGUUUCUUUUAACUUGCGUGUUUUUUAGAGAUAUUUUAUGGAUUAAACAAACUAAAUUUAUUUUAGAUAUAUGAAAUCAAAAAUUUGUAAUUUUUUCUGUACUUAUAGUUUGUUUUUGUUUUUUUGAGUUGCUAUUUUAUUUUUAUCUUUUGUAUUUGUUUUCCUAAAUGCUCAAUUGAUGGUAUUUUUAUAUCUAUUGAAUAAUUUAUUGCAUGGAGUUAAAGUAACAUAUAUAUACUAAAAAUAGCCACGAAAGUUUUUUGCAAUUGAAUUAAUUACAUUGAGAAUAAAGCUGAGAGUGUAUCGUUGCACAUUUCCUGUAAAAAGAUCUUCUUCAUAUAAAAUUGUGAAAGACUUAUUUGUAAAUUACAUUUGAAGUUCUAUGAAUAUUGUUGUCAUCACUAUCGCAAAUAGAGAUUCUUAAUCUUUACGGUGCGUGGCUUUGGAGAAUGCUACAUAUAAUUGGUCAUGUGAAAACACUUAUUUGGAAAAUAUAACCCCAUUUUUUUAAUGAUUGUCCUUAACUUUUGUUUAUUAUCAUGGAAAAAGAGAAUGCUAUAGGAAAUUGUGUACUUCGAAAUUUAAAAGGAAUUCUACUAUCUGAUGAAGUUAAUGUUAAUCUUGGUACAUACACUCUUUGUCUGGCAUUUGCUCUAGAGAUAACCUUUGCUUUCAAACAUAUGUCCUUAUUCGAGUAAUAAUCAAACGUGUAUCAUUGCACAUUUCAGCUGAUUGGUCUAUGUUCUUAUAAGCAUUAUUGAAGCACCAAUUUUUAACCUUAAUUGACAAUUAGACAAACCGGAAGAGUGUAUUGUGUUUAAAAACUCUGGUGUGUGGAUAUCAUAUUGGCUGUCACAAUUGUUGUAUGAAGACAUAUCGUCAGUCAAAUAAGUUUUCUCUUCUUCAAGCAACAAUGACAUCAUGUAUUUAUUCAAAUUA